AUGGGCCUAAUCAAUAUCAAGUCGAAUCAUAACUGUUGUAUACUGGGUACCGUGCGCAAUCUGAAAAGCUCCUCCGUCCAGACGGAGCAUGUGGGCACGAAAGAAAGACGAACAUCAGGAUCUGUCCAGGCACCUCACAACUGCAAAUGA